UCCAGACAGGACCCAUUGACACCUAUCAACUCUAAUUCGGAAAACGCUGCUAUUUUAACCUAGCAUACUCAUAGUUCAGCAGGUGAUUAUCAACAACUUGCAAGUUAACUUUAGGCAUAUACUCGGUAAGUUAGUGUACUUUUAAAAGUGUAUUUUUGACAUAAGGAAACAAGUUGUGCUGCAGCAGAAUAAAGGAGGCUAUCCUUUUCAGUAUCAGGCAGCAACUUUACCAAACUAUCUGACUUCCUUGUGUUUCCACAUAGGAUGUACCCCGAAAGGAAAGUAUUUUGGUGAAUUAGUUUGAGAACGUUUGAACGGGAAUAUUGCGUCAAUAAAGGUGAUUCUACUCUGCGUUAACCGGGGCCACUAGUCUACCUGUCACGGAAUUCUUUCAACCAACCACUCCCACCCCGGUUCCCUCGUGCUGUCUUUCCGUGGGUCGCCUGCCUCGCCCGCUAACCGUGAUGGCGUGCGGUUGGAGUCCGGGAGCUGUCACGGUUUGGAGAACUACCGUUUUCCUGCUCAACAUCGCGUGCGCAGCGUCGGCCAAGAGACACGUCGUCUACUGGAACUCCACCAACACUAGAUUGACAGGAGGGGAUCUGUCCAUCCAGGUGAAUCUGAAUGACUACCUGGAUAUCUACUGCCCCCACUACCCUCACCCGUCUCCCCCCAGUGAGGAGGCCUACCCCCAGGCCCCACCAGACAGCCUGGCCCUGUACCUGGUGGCUGAGGGGGGGUUCAGGGGCUGUGUGGAGACCCAGGGGGCCAUCAAGAGGUGGGAGUGUAACAGCCCCCGUGCCCCCUUCGGCCCUGUCCGCUUCUCAGAGAAGAUCCAGCGCUUCACCCCCUUCUCUCUGGGCUUCGAGUUCCUCCCCGGACACCACUACUACUACAGCUCAUUGCCUACAGGGGAAAGCUCCCCGCUGCCCUGCAUGAAGUUGCGAGUCACAGUGUGCUGUGAGCCCACAACCAUAGGGUCCAAGCAGAACAAGCAGGAACAAGCUCUUCACAGUGAUGUGUGUUCAAUGAGGACAGUUCCUCUUUCUCUCCUCCUCCUUGUCCCACUCUUGAACUUCCUCUCUAUCUAACAUCCCUCUAUUCAAGCUGACCUCCUGAGUAUCUACCAUGCCCACUGUAGAUGGCCUGCCUCACCCACUCAGUCCCUACUUUAAACUAUCCACACCUCAUAGGGAGGCCAAGUCUUCAUUUCAGACCCUCAAAUGACUGCAAUAGGGUAGACUUCAACAUUACACACACUCCAACUACACACACUCCAACUACACACACUCCAACACAUCACCUCUGUCUUUUCUGGGGUGGCACUAAUCUUUCUCUUCUUGGCCUCCUAUUUUCUCUCUGUCCACUCUCUCCUCUCGUUCCCCCUCUUCCAUCCCUCGCUCCUGACUAAGCUCCCUCUGAAACAAAUUGACACUAAUCUUUCUCUUCUUGGCCUCCUAUUUUCUCUCUGUCCACUCUCUCCUCUCGUUCCCCCUCUUCCAUCCCUCGCUCCUGACUAAGCUCCCUCUGAAACAGACUGACACUAAUCUACCAUCAAAGCUCUCAUUCUUCAUUUCCCACCUUUAUCCACUCCAUCCUGUAGACUCCAUCUGUGUCGUCUCUCUCUUCCUCUCUCUCUCUCGCUCUUCCUCUCUCUCUCUCUCUUCCUCUCUCUCUCUCUCUCUCUGUGUGUGUGAACAUAAUGUGCCAGCUGAGCCAAAGUGGAUCAUCCAGACGUUGUUCUGUUAAAUUACUACGGAGAGGACCAGACUUGGAGUUGACUGCUUCUGAACAGAACCAUGUUUUUGAGUUGACGUCAUUGGAUUUGAAAGUCAUUGUUUUUUAGAUGAAAACCAACUUAUUUUUUUUGUAUCCAAAGUGGGACCAACUGUUAAACACAGUAACACCAAAUGUUGACCAAACUUUAUUAAAAAAGUUAACCAGUGACGACACUGCCUAAACCAGGAUAUGCUGUGUGAGUGGGACCCUAGGAAUGAUGAACUGGAAUAUUGUAACUGGUCUGCUACGCCCUCUACUGGGAUCAUACUGGUUACACUGGUCCAACUGGGCUGUAACACCUGACAGUCUGUGGGAGUAAUCUGACCAUAUCUGGAAUUAACUGGACUGUCUGGUGGUUUACCUCUGUCUUAAAAGGCAAUCAAAAGGAAUUGUGGGAAACACACUGAGGGUACUUCCUCACUUCACCUCACACGCACCGAACCACAUCGGCUGAUUGACAGAUGCUCCUCACCAACCAGGUGUGCAGGUACACUAUUUAGACUGUCUGCUGAGCACUUAACCAGGCGAGGACCUCCAUCAAUGAGAAGAGGCCUAAAGCUGGUGUUUGUUUGAAUAGAGGUUUUUGUUUUAGUGCAGUAAAGAUUCUGCUUUAGGUGUUUCAGUUAAAUAUUGAUGUUUUGUAGAGGUCCUGUAAUGUUGGCAUCCAUUUUGAUUAUUUGAAACAUCCUGAAAAAAUCUACAUUUUUACAUGGCUGAACUUUUUUUGUUUACAGGUCUAGAUUAACUCCAAUUGUUGUUGUUUAUAGUGCUAUCAAGAAUAACUAAAGCACUUUAGUACAGGUUACCCACUUAUUUUUCUUUAAGUUAAAAACAAUACAUUUUUUCAUUAAUAAAAUGGCAUUUUUUAAUGCUAUUUUAUUAUCAAAGCAAUUUAAAUGAAUACAUUUUAUUUUGAUUGUCAUAUCUUUUAUCUGUUGGUUAGAUAUGAUUUCAUGUUCCAUUCACAAAAGUAAUAUAUCACUAAAUUGCAUUUACAGUAGAAGCGUGUUACAAAUAUCACAAACCUAACAAAUAUACAUGUUUUAUUUUCAAAAGUGAGAGAUUUAACUGCAAUUAUUCUUAUUAAUUUAAUCCCACAAAAACGAGUGUAAUAUUUAAUUAAAUUCAUAAUUCUGAUAAAUUGCUUAUCUUAAUCCAACAUAAUUAAUCAUUAUUAAAUACAGGCUAUUCGGGGAUGCAGUUUUUCCCCACAUUCUGAUGUUGUCUUUGGUAACAGCAUUUAGAAAACAAUGUUUUCUUUCCGAAAUAAAUAUGUUGACUCAUAGUUAUGCCUGUAAGCACUUACUCAGAGAGAUGAGUCUGUAUUAUUACUUUACACACACAUUUGGAUAACAAUAUACUUCAAUGACAAUUAAAUAUUUUGUUCUCGUCUACACGCAGGUUAUUCAGUAAUAUAAUGACUAUUCCAGGGGUUUAAACACUGAUGUCUGGAACCUUGUUGUAUAAAGCUGGUGCUCCCAGAUUGAGUUUUUUUUGUUUUCACAUUUUAGUGAAGUAUGAAGCAUCUUCUAUGAAGAGCGAACUGCAAACAGCCCUUUUAUACAAGGUGAGAUGACAAAAUAAAAGAUGAUUGCAAUAAGACUGUUGAAAUUU